CCGCAAGAUGGGAUCCCUGUUCCUUACGGCCGUUCCACUUACCCGGUCGCAAGAUUUGAAGCUUUCGGUCGGACAUCCGACGCAAGUCGCUGACUGGCUGGUUCCUACUGACGACGUCCUGUUCGGUGCGCCGAAGCGGUGUUAUAUCGCUCGUGACAGGCAGUGACCCCACCGUCCCCACCGCUCGAUUCUUACUUGCUGCAUCUCUCUUCUGCCAGUCAUGUCUAGCUCGAAGCCAACCCAGUUGACACCGUUUGGUGCAGCCCUCGCUGGGGCCUUGGGAGGAUGCUUCAGUAAUGCCGUCGUUUACCCAUUAGAUGUUGCAAAGACACGUAUACAGGCUACUACUGAUGUGAAGGCGAACAAGGAUAAGCUCAGCAUGUUCCCCGUUAUGUACCGAAUAUUCAAGGAGGAAGGCAUCGCUGGAUUGUACAGGGGUUUCGGGGCCACUAUGCUGAAUACAUUCUCAAUGCAAUAUGCCUAUUUCUUCUUCUAUUCAUUCGUCCGCACAUCUUAUAUCAAGCGGUUAACUUCGAAACUUCCAAAAGGGUCGAAAGCUCCUCAAUUAUCCACCGCGGCCGAGUUACUCCUCGGAGCCUUUGCAGGAGCCCUGGCUCAGAUAUUCACGAUCCCCGUAGCCGUUAUUGCUACGCGUCAGCAAAUUGGGAAGCCGCAGGGUCAAAAGAGCAUACUCGCGGCGUCAAAGGACGCCGAGAAAGCUGAGAAGCCUGAAAACAAUGAGAAAGAGGAUAAGGUUGACUCCACUUCCACCUACACCGAGGAAGCAGUAGAGGAAGUACCUUAUGAUGACUCGUUCAUCGGAGUCGCGAAGGAGAUCGUCGAGGAGGAAGGCGUUACUGGUCUCUGGCUGGGUAUAAAGCCUGGAUUGGUUCUUACUGUGAAUCCCGCCAUCACUUAUGGCCUGUAUGAACGUGUCAAAGGUAUCAUGGUUCUUGCCAACCAACGUGCAACGGGGAGCGUUGUUGGUGAGAACGAUAAACUCAGCGCUUGGAUGACUUUCUUCAUCGGCGCUAUGAGCAAGACCUUAGCCACGGUUGUCACAUACCCGUAUAUCAUGGCCAAGAUUCGUAUUCAAGCACGAAGCGCAGAUGAAGAGGAGGCUAUCGCCGAGCACGUCCCUAUACCCAAGCCUCAUGGAUACCAUCACGAUAAAUUCAAGCACGUCGGUGCUCUUGAGAUCCUUGCUCGAGUCUGGAGGAAGCAAGGCCCAUUAGGCUGGUAUCAAGUACGUUAUCCACCACUCGAUUCCAGCUUGUACAGUUCAUAUAUUGAUAUUAUGGAUAUAGGGGAUGAGUGCUCAAAUCACAAAGGCCGUUAUUUCCCAAGCAUUAUUGUUCUUGUCGAAAGAGCAGUUUGAACAGUGGGCAUUGGCUAUCAUGGUAUUGUUCUACAGGUUACAGCGUGGAGCACCAGUUUCGGCGUAACGAUUUCUUUGUAACGACGUAUCUAACAGAAGACGUAUACUCUGUCAUCAUAGUUCGUAUGGCUAGACAUCAUGAUAAUCCACCUUGUAGUAGCUGUAGCUGUGGAUAAAAAAGAUUUAUAUCCAGGUUUAAAGGUCCGUUUGGAAUCGAGCAGUUACUACAUGAAUACGAUGUAUUGGCGCCCAAUAAGUUGUCUAUUCCAUC